UUUUCUGUAAAAUUAUCUGCUUAUCUGUAGCGAAAGAGUAGUUUUACCAUUUAAAUGUAUGCUGAGCGGGUAAAUGUUGCUAAUAGACUACAACUCCCACGCUUAGAACUACAACCAUGCCAUAAACGAUGUCGCAAAUGUCGCAAAGACGGCAACACGGAAAACGGCGCGUCGGUUUGAAAGAGUAAACAAACGGUUAGCAACGCUUCGAUUAGAUUCCGAUUAAAAAUGAUAACCGCGUGAUUUACUUGAUCAGAAUGUGUUUAUGAGACUUUAUUUCACAGUGAUGUUUAUUUUAGACCCUCGUCUUCUGUAAACCGUUUCUGUUUCUUUACGUUCGGGAUUUUAAUGCAUUCUUUUAGCAUCUCUGGAUCCAGGGACGCUGCGCGCAUCAGAUGAUGUCCUCCAGUGAGAGACAGAGAGAGCUGCUGCUGCAGGAGGAAGUCAGGAGUCUGAGUCAGGAGCUCGCUCAGUGUCAGGCGGAUAAGGAGUUUGUGUGGUCGCUAUGGAAACGGCUCCAGGCGGCGAAUCCGGACCUGACGCAGGCCGUGAGUUUAGUGGUGGAGCGUGAGAAACAGAAAGCGGAAGCUAAAGAUCGGAAAGUUCUGGAAAUCCUGCAAGUGAAAGAUUACAAGAUCCAGGAGCUGGAGAAGGAAGUGACGUCACAGCGACAGGAAGUGAGCGGACUCCUGCAGCAGCAUCGUGUUGGUGAAGAUGAGCGCCAUACGAUGAAGAAGGAGCUGGUAGAACUUCAGCACACACUGAGUGAUACCACACGACGCCUACAGGUACACACACACACACACACACACACACACGACGCCUACAGGUACACACACACACACACACACACACACACACACACUGAGAGAUACCACACGACGCCUACAGGUACACACACACACACACACACUGAGAGAUACCACACGACGCCUACAGGUACACACACACACACACACACACACACUGAGAGAUACCACACGACGCCUACAGGUACACACACACACACACACACACACACUGAGAGAUACCACACGACGCCUACAGGUACACACACACACACACACACACACACACACACUGAGAGAUACCACACGACGCCUACAGGUACACACACACACACACACACACACACACACACACUGAGAGAUACCACACGACGCCUACAGGAGUGUGAUGAUGGGUGGAGGAGGAGAUUGGAGGCGCAGCAGGAGCAGAGCAGGAAGCAGGAGGAGACAAAUAACACCAGACUCAAGGAGUGUGAUGAUGGGUGGAGGAGGAGGUUGGAGGAGUAUCAGGAGCAGAGCAGGAAGCAGGAGGAGGUGAACAACGCACGACUUGGGGAGGUGCAGGAGGAGUUGGUGAAGGUUCAGGCCAUCAACUCGUCUCUCUCUAUUCAGCUCAGUUCAGUUCAGCAAAAGCUCAGUGAGAGAGAACAGCAGCUCCAGCAGCUCAGGCGUGAGCUGCAGGAUCUUCAGUCUCUGUAUGUACAAAGUGUUGCUCACGCAGGAGAGCAGGCAGAACUCAUCCAGCAGCUGGAAGGUCUCAACAUGGACACACAGCAGAUCCUGCAGAGCCAGGAGAAAGUACACACCACACACACUGCCUCAUACCACAAGUUGUACAGUGAGCUAAGUGUGUCCUAUCAGGCUCUCCGUCUCAGUGAGGAGCAGCUUCGACAGAAAGACGCCUGUCUCACUGAACAGCUUUGUCAGAAGGAACAGCAGGUCUCUGAACUUCAGGUCCAACUUCAAGAGCUCCAACAGCUUGUAACAUCUAACCCACCCCGCCCCCAAGUACCUGAUGGACCACAGGUGGCUUUACUCCGUUCGCAGAAGAUUGAGCAGGAGUGUGUGGAGGCUGCAGAGAGUCAAGUGUGUGUGUCUCACCCUCCAUCAUCUGACAUUCAGAGCUGUGGAACACACACACAGCAGAGUUUCAGGUCUGUCUCUCCAAGCAGCAGUAGAGCAGCUGAGAAGAAAAUCCAACAGUUGGAGGAGUUACUCGCUCUCAAGUCGGCAGAGAACGAGGAGCUAAGGCGAGCUCAUGCAAAGCGUCACGAUCGUCUGCGUCUGAUUCAGACCAACUACAGAGCGGUGAAGGAGCAUCUGAGGGAGGUGGAGGACACACAGGGCCUACCAAAAGGCAGGACGAGGCGAGCUGAGCCAUGGGAGCUCCGUCAGGAGAACAGCGAUGCGGUUUGGAACGAGUUGGCCUUCUUUAAACGUGAGAACAAGAAGCUCCUUGCUGAGAAAGCUCAGCUGGAGGAGGAGUUGGAUGUGGCCCGUGUUCGAGUGGCCAUGGAGCGAGCUACAGCGCAGGAGCUACGGCUGCGUCUGCACGAGGAACACCAAGAGCAGCAGCUGAAUGAUGAUGAAGAUGACAGAGUGAGCAGCACACCACUACCUCCUGUACACACACUACACCACUCUGUUAGAAAGAUCGAGGUAUUGGAAAGGAAGAUGGUGUGUCUGGAGAGAGAGAUGUUGAAGUUGCGAGAGGACAAGCAGGCCCUAGAGGACGCUAACAAUUUCUUGCGUAGCGAGAGGACGGAGCUCCAGGCAGCGCUGCAGCAGGCCUGUGUGUGUGAGGAAGCGACCCAGGCUUGGGUGAGUGCUGAGCGGGACAAGCUGCUAGGCGAGGCCCGGGCUCUACAGGCCCAGCUGCAGAAAUCAAGGAGAGCAGAGAUGGUGUCUCGGGCAGCAUUACUGAGGAUCAGACAGGAAGUGGGAGUACUGAGGGCGGAGAGGGACUUCCACAGGAACAAGACACGGAGAGGACGAGGACGGGGGACACACACCAUAACGCACACCAUUUCGGUGCAGCCGAGGACACGCAGCCCGGCCAAGGAUGAGUGGGAGGACAUGAGUCCAGACAGUGACAGUGAGGAUUUCUCCGACAGUCUGCAGAGUCAGCGUGCUGCUGGUUCUCCCCGCGCUGCUGCUCAGUCAGAGGCCUGCACAGCACUCCCUCACCGACACACGCUCAGAGACAACUCCACUGAUCCCAGGUCUCGCAACACAGGUAACACCCCACACUCCACACAUUACAUCACCUCCCGUACUACAUCACUUCCUGUAAAUAUUGCAUCACUUCCUGUGCAAGUUGUUUGCUACUCUGAAGUGUGUGUGUACCUGUGUGUGCACUUGUGUACCUGUGUGUGUACCUGUGUGUACUCUUGUGAGUUGUUUGCUACUCUGAAGUGUGUAUGUGUGUGUGUGUGUUUGUCUUUCCCUUCAGGAGUGUGUGAGGAUGCAGCGGUGAAGAAGAGGGGGAUGAUGAUGAAAAGGAGGAGUGCGUGUGUGGUGAUGAAGGGAGCAGGAGUGUGUGAGGAUGCAGUGGUGAGGAAGAGGAGGGUGAUGAAGAGGAGACGUGUGUGUGCCAUGUUCACUCAGAGGCUCGCCUGUCUGCAGCAGCAGGUCGCAGCUCUACAGGCAGCCAGCAGGGCGGCGCACGAAGAGCGGCUCAAAUACCAACACACACACUCUGAACUGCAGACUCUGACGCACACUCUGCAGAAGCAGACGUGCGAGUUGACGAUGCUGCAGCAGCAGAAGGCCGUGUUGGAGGCGGAGUUAGAGCGGUGGAGGAAGUCCCGCCCCCCUGAAGUGCAACAACAAGCGUCUGUCACCGUGUCUGCCCCCAACCCUGACCUCCCGAACAUCAAAACACUGGAGACUGAAAUCAAACAGCUUAACAACAGGCUGAAGAGCUCGAGUGCCGAGGUGAGCCGUCAGACUGCUUUGAUCAAAGGCCUCAGGACGGAGCUGCAUGACAAAGACCAACGCCUUAAGGAGCUACAGGACAAGGUGUGUCACUGUGAGAGGGAUGUGGUGAUGAAGAGACAGUUGGUGGAGGAUCUGCGCAGUCGGUUGAAGAUCCUGCAGGAUUCAGAGCACAGCCAUCGCUCACACAUCGAUGAGCUGGAGAGAAAGGUGAAGAGUCAGUGUGAGGAAGCAUCCAACAGGAAGUCAUUCAUUGAGUCUCUGAAGAGGAGGCUGAGCGUCGCGACUGACAGCAAACAGCAGUGUGAGAGCUCCAACAGCACACUCCAAGACCUGCUACGCACCAAGGAGCAAAAGCUAACAGCACUGCAGGCCCGGUUGGCGGAGUGUGAGAGGUCAAAGGUCAAGCUGGAGCAGACGGCAACAUCGCAGAUGCAGCUUCUGACCAAUCAGAGCACAGAUGCAAUACGCACACUGCAGAACAAACUCACACUGGCACAGACUCAACACCAACACCUGCGUUCAGUCACCCUGGCUUUGGCUGUGGAGGUGGACAGAGAAGUGAGGGAGACCCGAGCUGAGCUGAGAAAGAGGAGGAGAGAGAGGAAGAAGGAGGGAUCAGGAAGAGGAGGAGUGUCCAAGAGCUCCAUGGUGAAAGCGCAGUCCAUCGCUGCAUCCAUCCUCAAUGUCAGUGCUAACGACCUGGCUAGCAUCCUGGACACAGACCAGGAGGAAGAGGGUGAUGAAGAAGCAGAUGGAGUUUGGAUGGAUCACAUACAGCAGCUCCUAGAGCAGCAGUGUGUCUCUGCAGGUGAGUUGUUGGAUGUUCUGUUGGUGAAGAUGAAGGAGAACAGGGCGCUGAUGGAGGAGCUGGUCACUCUGAGAGAGAGACACUGAACACGACAGAGGAAAACACAUCUCUCCAUCCCUCCUUUUAUUUCACUUUCUUUUCCCUGCCUUCGCUUCUCACCUCACUCUCUUCCUCUCCCUUACUUAUUACCUCUCUGUCCUCUUUUCUUUUCCCUGUUCAGGUGUGUGAGUGUGUGUGUGUGUGUACAGAUGCAGUGUUUAGAUGAUUUUGUACCCACGUGAAUUAAACUAAUUUAUGGAGUGUGUUUAAACUCAGUGUGAUCAGCUGAUGUGUUUACUAUAUUCUUAUUAUAUUACAUUCACUCACACUCACACAUUCACUCACACA